CCAAAAUAUUCUCACUCCAAAUAUUCUCACUCUUCCUCCAAGCAUCCAAUAUCGACGGUCCCCAUAUCCCUACCCUCCGGCUUGUCCCACCACUCAUUCUGCCCACCACUCAAUCUUCAAUGCCCCAACAUGUUACUCGUCAUUUGCGUCGUCGCAGCAUUGUACCCGGUAGCUCGCAUGACCAACAUAUCAGACUCGAAGUCAUCAGUGGAAAAAACCUUCAAGUCCCUUCCGAGCGCAUACCCGCAGGAAUCUACGUGUCCAUCACACUCGCGAAGAGGAGACGCUGGAAAUCAGCUAUUCAAGUCCCAUCAUCCAACAGUUCUGUAGCGUGGGGCGAUACCGUGACCCUAUCACCAUAUGCAUCAUCUAAAUUAUCGGUCGAGAUCAGAGCAUCCUUUGAGCUAGGUCGAAUGCUAGGCAAUGGCGAACUUAUUGGAAAACUUGGAAUGUCUUGGGAUGAACUGCUCCGUCACGGAAAUGAGCCUUUCGAACUGUCCUUCCCACUUGUUCGCGGUGUCUACCCAUCUGUCACGUUGAAGGCCGCUGCUGUGAAUGGUUGCGGAAACAACAACAGUGAACUGUUGAACUCCAUCGUCGACUGCGAGAUCGCUCGAGACACGGAUACGGGUCACACAAGAAUUGGUGAAUACGUGACAAGCAAGAGGGUCUCUGACCUGAACGAUGCCGUGGCACAUUUUGAGUUGGUUCUAGAGCAGUGUCCGGUCGACCACCCUGACCGCGCAGCUGCACUGACCAACCUCGCGUGCGCACGCCUUCAAGGGUACAUUCACAACGAUCUUCAAGACAUUGACUCUACUACGCGUCUAUUCCGCGACACUCUUGUAUUGCGUCCGCAGGGCCACCCUGAUCAUUCAUCAUCUCUGUACCAUCUCCUUAAAGCAUUGAUCUGGCGCCACAGUAAGGAGCCUGCCGCUGUCGACAUCUGCGAAUCUGCUCAAAUCUCCCUUGAGCUACUACCUCUCUGCCCAGAGGGCACAUAUCUUCGGACCAUCGCAGAAGGGGCUAAUGGCGUGGAUUAUGUGAUCCGUACAUGUAACAAUCUUCCGAUAGACGCAUCCGAUGAAGGCAUCCGCCUUCGACGAAUCGUCCUCGAGCUCUGUCCUCAGGGCCAUGAACACCGUCCCAGCUCCCUCUCUAAGCUUUCAUGGGCACUCGGUACACGAUUUGCGCAAUGCGGGAGCAUUGUUGAUGUGGACGAGAGCAUACAACUUGGUCGUGAAGCUGUUUCUCUGUGCCCUGAGGGACAUCCUGAUCGUGGUAUCUACUUGAAUAUCUUGGCUGUCUCACUCGAAGGCUACCGCUUCCGUCACCAGGGCAAAUCUGAUGACCUCAACGAGGCCAUCUCUCUGUAUGAGGAAGCACUGUGCCUGAGCCCUGUUGGGUAUGAAUUUCGUUCUCAACCAUUGAACAACCUAGGGGUCGCCCUCCGCAACCGUUUCAAGCAACGCGGUGAGGUAGAAGACAUCAACAGAGCUAUCAGCCUCCUUCGCGAGGCACUGACAUUGCGCCCACCUGGGCAUCAAGACCGUGUCACCACACUUUCCAACCUUGCCGUCGCGCUCUGUGCUAGCUAUGACAAAUCACAUGCCAACGAGGAUUAUAACGAGGCCAUCGAUUUGUACCGUGAAUCAAUUCAGUUAAUGCGGCAUGACCAUCCAGAGCGCCAUACACCUCUUCACAAUUUGAGCUUGGCACUCUGCUCUCGUUUCACGAGAACUCAGAAGAUUGAAGAUGUUGAGGAGGCCAUUGAGCUCUGCCAAGAAUCAUUGGCGGCUUUGCCAUCACUCCACCCAGAUAGGUGCCACAGCUACAUGCGGCUGCAGGAGGCCUAUCUGUCUCGUUACGAGGUGCAAUGCAAUUCGGCUGAUUUGUCACUCGCUGUUGAAAACUUCAGAUUGGCGUCAAUGCACCCCACUCAAGGAUUCCCAAAACGCAUCGAAGAGGCUAUUGCUUGGACUUUUGCAGCUGAGCAGCAUGAUCAUGGAUCUGCAUUGGAGGCCUAUGCAACAUCUUUCGAGCUUCUUGAUGCUCAUUUGUCAACACGAUCAUCCACUAUUUCGCGGCGCGAAGCGGCUGCCACCUUCCAUUAUGCCAGUACACUCCCUGCAGAUGCAGCAUCGUGUGCCUUACGCCGUCAUGACCGACAAAAGGCCGUGGAACUUGUGGAGCAGGGCCGUGGCCAGCAGUGGUCACUGGCCUCUCGGUUCAGGACUCCACUCGAGGACCUCGAGUCAGCGAACCCAGAUCUGGCUCUCAAAUUUUCAACGCUGACCAAGCGCAUUUCCGACGCCGCUCAGGAUCUCGAGAAACUCAAAUACGACUUCGCGAUGGCGAUACGACAUGCAUCACUGAUGGGCCCAACAGAGUCGAGGACAGACCUGAUAGUACUCUUGCGGAAGAUAUGGGAUGAGAUCAUGCUACCUAUUGUCGACGUACUACUCGGCCAUGAUCUCAAAGUAAAGCGCCGCUCUCGAAUAUGGCUGUGUCCUACUGCAGCCUUCACAUCCAUUCCUCUUCACGCAGCUCAUCCCUCUCGAACGAAAGCAGACGGAAGUGGGCGGGAACUAUCCCUCGAGGAUAUAUAUGUUUGCUCUUACACCCCCACACUUUCGGCUCUCAUCAGAUCUCGACAGGCGAUGAAGACGCGUGCGACGAGUCCAUCCUUCGUGGCGAUUGGGCAAAGUCAGCCGGGCGCAGGGCAAGGCACGGCGCUCGCCACUGUCGACAGCGAGCUUGAGCUCGUCCAUAAACUUGUUCCCCCCAAUUUUAAUUUCAGUACUCUUUCGGGUGACGAAGCUACACAGGCCGGUGCACUCGAUGCCUUGCGACGCAACACCUGGGUGCAUCUUGCUUGUCACGGAAAGCAGGACCGCGAACAGCCUUACAACUCGCGCUUCGCCAUGAGAGAUAAGCCUCUCACCCUCCUUGACAUCAUGGAGAACGACACUCCUCAAGCCGAAUUCGCAUUCUUGUCAGCGUGUCAUACCGCCGUCGGCGAUGAAGAGACGCCCGACGAGGUCAUCCACCUCGCAGCCGGCCUGCAGUUUUCAGGGUUCAAGAGUGUGAUUGGCACGCUGUGGGUGGUUGAUGACGAAGUCGCCAAGCACGUUGUUGAAGCAUUCUACGAGAAUAUAUUCAAGAACUUGAAGGAUGGUGUCUUGGACUGUACGAAGGCAGCCAAAGCACUCAAUUAUGCUACGCAUGGUGUGAAGAAGUUGGUGCCACUCGAGCAGAGGAUUGUUUUCAUUCACAUUGGUGUGUAGUUCUAUGUCCCAUUGCUUUUGUCUUGUACAGAUUUACAUGUUGUUGAUUUUCGAUUCCCUUCUAUCCCGGUGCAUUUGUUAACGUUGUAGGAAUUCUCUCUUGUAUAGUAGUCAUCUGCUGUUUGGCAAAUUGAUCAGAUUUGUUCUCCAAGACAAUGCUUGGCAUGUACGGUAACAUUUAUACUAUUGCAGCGGUGUACAUUCUUUUGCUCAAGUGCUUCCUGCAAUACGAGUUGACCUUCCAACCAUUCAAUUCAAGUCUUUCUUGGAAAAA